UCACUCCCUGGUUAACCGAGGCCGUUGGAGCAUGUUUAUCGUUUACAUUCAGCCUUCCACUGCCACGGCGUCAAACACAUCGGUCACAACUGCGAUGUUAUUUAGAGUGUACAGACAACAUACGUCAGUUCGAUCACAGCAUUCCUGGAUCAUCGGCCGACGUUGAUCACCAACUGAUGACCAUUAUGAUAAUGUUUAUACUAAUCAGUUUGAUCCUGAUGAAGGGUGUAACAUGCAGCAGCCUUGCUAGUGGCUGUUACACCAGCUACAGUGCAGCCUACCAGGGGAAGGUCACCAACUGUCAAAAUCAGAAUCUCACUCAAGUGCCAUCAGAUCUUCCUAAGGACAUCGUAGUUUUGGAUUUGCAAGAUAACCUACUCAUCAGUAUACCCAACAACAGUUUUAGCACUUUACGGAAGCUGAGAUUCCUAUUCCUCAGCCACAAUCCGUUAAAGACACUGCAGAGAGAAGCUUUCAAAGGUCUGGAUAAACUGGAAACCUUGGAAAUGUCUUGUGGCACGCUCUCAUUGGGACGUAACAACGUACCCAGAUGGGCUGUUCCAGCAUCUAGUUCAUCUGAAGAGAUUGGUUCUUAUAGGAAGUAUAAAUGGGGAAACAGUGUGACGCUAACAGAGGAAAUGUUUAGCUAUCUUUCAGAUAUAUGUGUAAAGAAGGUAGACUUGUCAAACAAUAAGAUUACGCAAGUUGAUGGUAAUGCCAUAACCAAUUCCACCUUUUUCAGAUGUAUUGAAUAUCUGGACUUGUCCAAAAACAUGUUUAAUGGGGGCAUGUUUAUACCUGUUGUAAUGAAACUGUACUUCAUGGAAAAUCUUAAAUAUCUAGAUUUGUCCACACUCCAUAGAAUGAGCAGUUAUCUCACUCAUACAUAUAACACUACAACACUUUCUGGUUUGUUCACUGGGCAACCUGGAUGUCUCCCAAUACCUCCUAGUCUCAGUUAUCUGAACCUCAGCGGAGUUUCCAAUUCUAACCAUGUACGUGUUGGUGUAACACUGACACAAAGCGAUCAUCUGUCUGUGUUAGACUUUUCAAGAAACGAAGUUUUAGACAUUCCUGCACAUUUAGAAUGUUGUAAAAACCUGAAACUCUUGAACAUAUCGCACAUGAAGAUCCAACAGAAUGUAUUCAACAACACCAACAUGGUGACGAAUCUGGAAACAUUGCUGGUUCACGAUGUGACGUCAGAUGAUGACAUGUUUGUGUCGCCAACUGAACCCUUCUUCCAUGCCAUGCCCAAACUAACAAGACUCGAUUUGUCAGGCAAUAAUCUACAACUUAUCAACAAAAAUACUUUUACAAACUUUAACAAACUGGAAAACCUUUCUCUUGCAAGAAACCGACUAAAUGACCUUCCGGAAGAAAUCCUGACAAUGGUUUGGCUCAAACAUUUGGAUGUGACAUCGAAUUCCCUCUCAGUCAUCAGUAAGUACCAACAGACCUUGCUUGAUGACAUCGUUGUAAAUAACGGUUCCUUCUACCUCUACAUGGCAGGCAACAUCUUCAGCUGCAGCUGUGGAACCCUUCACUUCAUACAGUGGUUACAGGAAACUGAUGUCUCUUUAGAUGACCAUGGCAACUACAGUUGUAUCCUUGGUGAUGGAACGUUAUCUGAUACAGCUUCCUUUUAUGCCAGAAGGACAUUCCAGUGGAGAACAUGUGUUGGUCAGUUCUGGUUGGCUGUGGGCGUAGUUGGAAACCUGAUUGCGCUGUUGUCUUUGCUUGUAGCCUUUCUUGUCAUGAAAUAUUUCCCCAAAAUAGAGCACCAUGUGUUACAGGUGCUUGGUUAUAAGCCUGGACGCCGACCAAAAAGGAAGGAUUUUGAUUAUGACGCCUACAUAUGCUAUGAAAGUGCUGAGUACGAUUGGCCUUGCCACUGUUUGUUCAAGGAGCUCCCCCAGGUCUCCCCAGGUAUACGACUGUACCUGCCCGAUCUACAUGACCCUGUAGGAUGUUCCCAGGCAGAAGUGACCAUUGAUGCAUUGUCGAGAAGCUGGAAAAUUGUUAUUGUGCUAACAGAGAACUUUCUUAAGGACGAGUGGAUUCACUUUACUGUCCUGUCCACUGUCAGACUGAUGUCCGUGAACAACGCAAUAUCAGACCGAGUGCUGCUUCUGUACAGGGAUAUGUCCUUGGCAGCAAGAGCUCGGGUUCCUCAUCUUCUCCUCAACGUUGUUUCAGGGGAAUAUAUUCUAGAUGUGGAGGACAGCCCCCACUUCUGGACACAUCUGUGUCAGUGUAUCCUUACAGAUAAACCCACAGCCUUAUUCUAAAGUGUACCACUCUUCCGAGUUAUGAGUAUGGUUUUACACCGAUUCUGGCAACGUUCCAGCACCAAGGUCCUUUACAUAUUGUACCCAUGUAGGGCAGAUAAAAUCGGUUGCCAUUUAGUCGGCAGCAUGUAUGAGACCACCCCACCAAUCCUUACCAGAAUACCCUCAGCCACACUUACAUGUAAAACUGCUGGUUAUAAUCAUGUCUCAUAAUAAUUAUAUGUGAUGUUCUUGCGCCACAUAAUCGCCUUGAAUGUGAGCUGACUGCGUAAUUGGUAUUCUUGUUAUCAAAGGUCAAACUAGUAUCCAUGGUGACGGAUCCAGUCUUUUAUCGCUCGUUGAUAUGCAAGUUAAUUCAUUGAUAGGCAAAUAUACUAUUCACUCUUUGCUAAGGAUCAAAUCAUUGAUUCAACAGAAAACUAUGAUGUUGGGUAAAAUUUAGUUUAAAUAUCUAAGCCUA